GUGCUGGGGCAGUACCGGGGCGGUGCUGGGGCGGUGCCGGGGCGGUGCCAGGGCGGUGCCGGGGCGGUACCGGGGCGGUGCCAGGGCGGUACCGGGGCGGGCCCGUCCGGCGGCGCGGCGCGGGGCCAUGCGGCAGCCCCCGGGCGGUGGCAGCGGCGGCGGCGCCGCCUUCCUGCCCGCGGCGCGGUGCGGAGCGGCGGCCGGAGCGCCCCGCACAGCCAUGGGCGAUGGGUGGCUGCCUCCGGACUGCGGCCCCCAGAACCGCUCCGUGGCCGGGGUGACGGCCGUGCCGCCCGGGAGCAGGCAGCUGCCCGCCGCCGAGCUGCUGUCGCAGCAGUGGGCUGUGGGCAUGAGCCUGCUGAUGGCCCUGGUGGUGCUGCUCAUCGUGGCCGGCAACGUGAUGGUGAUCGCGGCCAUCGGGAGGACGCAGCGGCUGCAGACCCUCACCAACCUGUUUAUCACCUCGCUGGCCUGCGCCGACCUGGUGAUGGGGCUGCUGGUGGUGCCCUUCGGGGCUACGCUGGUGGUGCGGGGCACCUGGCUCUGGGGAUCCUUCCUGUGCGAGUGCUGGACCUCCCUGGACGUGCUCUGCGUGACGGCCAGCAUCGAGACCCUGUGCGUCAUCGCCAUCGACCGCUACCUGGCCAUCACCUCGCCUUUCCGCUACCAGAGCCUCAUGACCAAGGCUCGGGCCAAGGGCAUCAUCUGCACCGUCUGGGCCAUCUCUGCCCUGGUCUCCUUCUUGCCCAUCAUGAUGCACUGGUGGCGGGACGACGACCCCCAGGCGCUGGAGUGCUACCAGGAUCCGGGCUGUUGCGACUUCGUCACCAACAGGGCUUACGCCAUCGCCUCGUCCAUCAUUUCGUUCUACAUCCCCCUUCUCAUCAUGAUCUUUGUGUACCUUCGGGUGUACAGAGAGGCCAAGGAGCAGAUGAGGAAGAUCGAUAGGUGCGAGGGCCGAUUCUACGGCAGCCAGGAGCAGCCGCAGACGCCCCUGCCCGCUCACCCUCACCACCAGCCCAUCCUCGGCAACGGGCGAGCCAGCAAGCGAAAGACCUCCCGCAUCAUGGCCGUGAAGGAGCAGAAAGCCCUCAAGACUUUGGGCAUCAUCAUGGGGGUGUUCACCCUCUGCUGGCUCCCCUUCUUCCUGGUGAACAUCGUCAACGUCUUCAACAGGGACCUGGUGCCGGACUGGCUCUUCGUUUUCUUCAACUGGCUGGGCUACGCCAACUCCGCGUUCAACCCCAUCAUCUACUGCCGCAGCCCCGACUUUCGCAAGGCCUUCAAGAGGCUGCUGUGCUGCCGCCGCAAAGCCGAGCGCUGGCUGCACGGCGGCGGCGGGGAGCUGGCCCGCCUGCCCGGCGGCUUCGUCAGCACCGUGGGCUCCCCCGAGCGCAGCCUGGCCGGGACCUGGUCCGACUGCAACGGGGGCACCCGGGCCGGCAGCGAGUCCAGCCUGGACGAGAGGCACAGCAAAGCCUCCGACUCGGAGUCCAAGGGUCCAACUUAGGUGGGAAAUUUAUGGCCAGAACUUACCCUGCUGAAGAACUAUGCUGGGUGAUGCAUCUCCUGGACAAGUGUAAUGGCCCUGAGGUAGGAUGAGUUUAGCCCACUGACCUCAGAAGGGCCAGCUGUGUCAGCAGAGCAGUCAGGAUUCGUCUGCGGUUGAAUUUUUGCCAGUUGACGACCUGCUGGAAGAGUCUGGAGGCUGACACGUUGAGUCCCUUCAUGGACAGCUGAAGUAAUCCCCCUGGCAGCCUGCACAGGGGCUGCCAGCCCGUCUUGCAUGGCGUGGAAGAGGCAGUGGCACAGUGAGGACAGAGCAGGACAUAUGGCACACACGUGUGCGGGGAAGGGGAGGCUGCUGGCCAGCAGUCUGCUGUGGAUCACACUCAGAACAGGCUGUUCUCUGCAGAGAAGAGGGAUACUCUGGGAAGCGCUGUGGGGCAGCUGAAAUACUCCGGAGGCAAUGAGUCAAACAGUCAGGAGGAAUAUUUUUUCCUGACGAAAACCAGACGUGGAUUAGCAGUUGGAGCUGCAAGUCAGAAAGGAAAGGUGGUAGGCAUGCGGCCGCACACGUACGUGGGCAGCAAAGCAACAGCCAAGAGCCACAGGCCUGCAGGGAAGGGAGACACAGGUAAACCAGAAAUCUGCUCACAGAAAAUGUCCUGCAGCUGCCAGGACCAGAAUUAUUUGGCGAGGAUGCCUGGAGACUUCCACAUGGAAGACGCCUGACUCUCCAAGGCGCCGGCCGCACUCUGUGCAGUGUUUGCUCAGCACUUCUCAAAAGAAGGCUGCCUCUCUCCACGUGUUUGAAUGGGAAUAGAUCAGGUUGAAGGGCUGGAUUCAGUUUUCCGUGUGCUCGGAGAAGGUGAGGCUGUUUUGGACAAGCAGCAGGCUCUGCAGAAGGAAUCCCCACCAGUGAGAGCUGCACAGAAGCCCUCCUGCAAAUCUGCUGCACUCUGAGACUGCAGCCCUCAGCAUCCACUGUCUGUAGCUCCAAGCAGCUAUGUGCAAAAAAGGUGCCUUAGGAUCUGAACUGUGCAUUUGACAGCGUCAGCUGGGUGUUUGAGCUGCUGAAUGCACUGGUUCUUAUGCAGAGGCUGCUUUCUCUCUUGGAUAUCCACAUGUCCUCGACUAUAAGCACAACUUCUUUAUCAGCUUUUUUUUUUCCUAAACCCUAUCUGAGACUGAGGUUUUAUUAAUAACCUUUAAGUGGCUAUUUUGCAAACCUUCCUUGUGCUGCACACUUUCCUAAUUUAUUGUAAUUUCCCGUCUGGUGGAGUGCACUUACUUCCUUUAUGUAAUAUAUCAGCUGCAGGGCUGGAAAUUGGGCAGCUAUGAACUGAAAGGAGCAGACUUUUGUGAGGCCAAAUGCGGUCAGGCAUCAAUGCCACUGGGAGCAGAAUUUGACCUGAUAAUCUAAUCUCAUACGAGAGGCUAUCUCCAGAAAAGUAUUGUUACCAACAGCAAGUGACCUCUGCUAAUGAAGUUGCAGCAAUUAAUCCUAUAUAAAGCUGUGGAGAAAAUGUUAACUGCUAAACAACAGUUAGUGGUGGAUGGUUCAAAUAAUGAGUGUUUUGUUUGCUGGUGUGUGUUAGGUGAUGUGUUGGGAAAUAAUUAUCCUUUGACUAGCAGCCAGCUUUUGUACUAAUCAGAAAGGAGAAGUCAUGUUCUGUUUGAAGGAUUAUACCUAAAAAUAGUUCCGUUACUGCCACAUCAACGAGCAAGAUGAAGCAAAUUCACGGCGAGGUACACACCUUCCUAACAGUUCACUUUUCAUCCUAAAAACUCAUUGUUCAGCUGGGACUUUCUGUUUGAUUGUGUCAAGAGCACUAAUGUGAUCUCCUGCAAUAGCACUAAGCACACUCUCUCCAAGGAGCAUUAGCCUAUGCACCACUGACUCGCUUUCAGAGCCUGCCAAAUUCCCAAACGCCCCAGGAGGAAGUAAGGAUUCUUUCUCUUUAUCUAAACAAUCACACGUAGUGUAAGGUCCACAAUAUUUGUGUCAAUCAUGUUGCAGAAGAAGUCGAUCUGCUUUUUCUCUGAGAUGUUUGUAUGCCUGCCCAUCCGCGAGGAGCAGCCGCCCAUGGUAACAGCAGGUGAUUUAUCCCUGCAAUUCAGUAACUUCAAACUCUGCUGGGAAAAGUGACCAAGAUGGGAAAAGGAUAAAAAAGGUGAUGCUGGUGAGCAAACACAUGAUUGGCAAUGCAAAAAGGAAAACUGGGGUAUCUCUGGCCAUGCUGUAGAUGUUGCUUUUUACUAGUAAAACAUAAUUGGUUUGGAGAGGGAUGCACCAGGCAGAGGCACUGUGGAAAUGCAGGUUGAGAAGUUGAGAAGUGUGAGAGGUCAGAUAUUCCGUAUAGGACCAUGCCACCAAAGGACUGGCAGCUGAAAUAUGCCCAAAACAUUCCUAGAAGUUUUUCUUAUUCCUUGUGGAUAACAGCAGCAGGCUAAAGCACACCUGAGCAGCUUUCAGCUGAUGUAAAUCCACGCAGCUCCCUGGCCAGCCACGGACACAUGGGACCCCCUCAACAACUCCCCGUCCUCUCCAAGAGGCUCCAGCUGAGUUUCCUUGGACCUGGAGCCAUCCCCCAGCCUGGAGCCACCCUCCUUUUCCGUGGUGCCAAAUGGAGGUGCCCCGUGCCUCGGGGGGUGGCAGCGCUGCGGGCAGGGGCAGCAGGGUGUGGGUGUGCCCGGCUGCCGGCCGUGCCCUGCCCUGGCUCAUCCUCUGUCCUGCCAACCAGCACAGAACCUGGGCUGUGCCCUGCCCUGGCUCUCCUCUGUCCUGCCAACCAGCACAGAACCUGGGCCGUGCCCUGCCCUGACUCUCCUCUGUCCUGCCAACCAGCACAGAACCUGGGCCGUGCCCUGCCCUGACUCUCCUCUGUCCUGCCAACCAGCACAGAACCUGGGCCAUGCUGCAGAUGGAGCAGAGCUCGGGAUUGUUACACAAACCAGCAGUCAGCUUCCUGGUUCACCAAAACCAGCUCCUUGGUAUUCACAUUUGCCUCACAAGCUAUUUUUUUCUUUCUUCCCUGCCCCACUCAGCUUCCAGGUUUUUCAUGGUAAUGUUUGCCUGCUUGGCCUUAGCACCCAGCAGCACAAGUUUUUUGUCUGUCCCUGGCAGCUGUUUGACAUGAACUGUACCAGGUGCUGGGCAGGGUCUUGGUUUGGUUGUACCCAUUCCUUUCAGGAUUGAUGUUCAGAGCUGUGAAUACUGGCUGCACCAGAGUGCAAAAUUCCCAGACAAAUACGAAAUUAGUCCUGACCUCCAGGUUCACAACAUUAAGAAGAAAACAGAAGCUUACCAUUUGUAGACUUUUGCCAUUGCCAUGAUUAGCAGAGCAUCUCAGAUGUAAUGGUGUUCCCUUCCCAUCUGAUCCUGUGUAAUGCACCGAAUCCUGUUGUCCUUAAUGAGAUUAAAUGAGGAUUUUCUACUAGUUCAGUACCUUAGCCAUUAGCAACUGCUGUGUGUCUCAAAGCAGUGAUGUACCAUUGCAAGCCUCACCCAGGGUCUCUCUCAAAGCCAUGAUAUUUGGCUUCUUCCUACUAAAAUUAUUUUGAUAAUUGGUCUUAAGCUCAUCAGCACAAUGCUUUGAAAGGCAGAUCUAAGUGUAUAUACCAAAGAGACAAACAGAGACGCUAAAGAGCUCAAAAUCUCAGUAGCUGCUAGGUGUAUAAAUAUUCCAGCUACCAACAAGCAAUUUUGUAGGGCCAGGUGAGUGCUGCAGGCCCCUGAAAAUCUGCAAGCUGCCCUCCCUCAGAGGAGGACCCUGCCACCGUAAGGAACAAUUGCAGGGACAGCACAAUAGCUCAUCACAAAAGAUUUUUCCAGGUGGUAAAAUUUGAACAGUGAUUUGCUGCCAAAAUUUCGAGACUUCUCGUUAAGAAGAAGGAAUUGAGAAAAGCCCCUGGCAGGAAUUCCCAGCGGGGAAGGGAGAGCAGCGCCCAGGGUUAAAGGUUCCAUGUGCAGAUGAGGAGCCCUGCACUGACCGGCCCGGUGAGGUUACAGAUGCUGCUGCACACCCUGUGGUGAUAGACAAAGGAAGGGACCCCGGAGGUGUCCUGAGACACAAAGGGAGCAGUCAGACUAAUGGAUUUUCAUUGCCUUGUGCUUCUGUUCAUCAGCCUAGGUUCCAAGACUGAAAUAUCCAAGGAGAAUACUUCUGAUCCUCUCCCACCUGGAAGCUGCUGGUCCCCUCUGGCAGAGGGGCUGCUUAGAGAUCUCAAGGGGCACCUGAAAAACCCAGGCAGGCUCUUGCAGCUACCCUCUUGCAGCUGAGCAUGGUACCUGAACCUCUGGGAGCACCAGGAGCAUGGCAAGAACACGGGAGAGGCAUCAGCAUCAUCAGCCCUGUGGAAAUCCCUGGCCAGGGAAAAAAUUGUGUCUGUGAUAAUUUGUUCUCCAAAGCCUCUGCCUAAGAGAUGGAAGGAUUUUCUUGAGAAGAUGGAUGGAAAGAGGUGUCAGCUCAUGUCACAGAGGCCUUGGGGCAAUUGCAGCACAACCAGCCCUCGAGGCACUGCUGCAAAGCCCAGUGGCAAUUUCACAGUGAUUGAGCAACUCUUGGUACUUCAGGUGACCCCACAGGAGAGCCAAGAGGACACAGGGCAGGUUUUGUGUCUGGAAGGUGAGUUUUAAACACAAGUCCUCCAUCUACAGGAGGGUUGCAUGCUGAGUCCCUGCAAAAUUUUUCUGGACCCUCUCCAGUUUUCCUGCUUCCCCAUGUGAACAGCUUUGAGGAAGAUGUCUCUUUCUGCAAUCAAUCAUUUUCAUUCUGCAGUAAAUAGCUCUUACAUCAGCUGCCAUUGUACUGUAGAUGUAAAUGCAGCACAACAGAGCCCUACCAUGUUGUGAGGUGAGUGGGUCAGAUACUGUGCUGGAACAACAAAAACACAAGGACUGUUGAGCAGGUAAAAAACCUUGUUUUCUGAGGGUUUUAAAGCUGCUGUCUGUCUUCUCAGCCCUGCAGGUUACAGCCUGUACUGCUCAUGCUGCCUCCCUGUUAGACAGAUAAACAAGAGAUGAAGCUAUUUGGAGAGCAAGUCUGUGUGCUGCAGACAUGAAGACACAUAUCUGUAUGGACUGGCCUUUGUGAGGAGCUUCCAGAAGCUGAAAAUACCCAGGAAAGGGGCAUGCAGGAGGGGAGAGAGGUCUUCUUCUGGUGGGUUGCCAUGUCACUCAGGCUGCUUUCAUGGUGAUACCCAGAGGACGUCAUUGAUGCAGCCAGCUGUGCUAAUCCUUUCAGUGGGAACAGGUGCUGGGGGAUAAUCCUGCUGUUUUCUUUGGUUGUGGUUCUCCUCAGUCACUAAGAGAGAGCAAACAGGAUUAUCCCAGCAGCCAUUCAGCAGGUGAGGUUUUGUGGAUGUUUGCUCCCCGGGGAGGUGCUGGCUCUGCAGAGCAGCCUGUCCUGCUCAGGGCAGUGGGAGGCCAGCUGGGCUUGGCUGGCUGCUCCUGAGGCUCUCACUCAGACUGUCCCUCAGGGAUGAGGGCUGAAGCCCAGAUGCAAAGCUCCUGCUCUCUACAGCUCUCCCAGUAGGAUGCUUUCCCCAGAAUCCUGGACACAUGUGGGGUGGAGACUGCCCAGCUGUGCAUUGUCCCAAAGCCUAGCUGGGCCAAGGCACUGGCAGAGGAGCUGAGGAGUGGCAGCUCUUCCUGGGCUGCCAGAUUUUCUCUAGCCAGGAAGGUUUGAGGCACUACUGACACCCUGGGGGUUCACACUGACACAGCCUGUCCUGACUCUGUGAAACUUCAGAGCAGCUCUGUGCCAGUGUAAGUGUAGGCUCAUGCCUCCAGCAGACUCUAAUGUAUUGUCAGGUUUUGUUUUAAGUCCCUGGAGUUCUGCACUCAUCCAUCCCCUCUCAGCCCAGCUCCAAGGCUCUUAGACCAGCCUGGGCUAUUGUCCUUGCCAUGCAAAGCCAAAGCCUCUCUGUUCCUAUUCCACCACCUUUUGCUCUGCUGAUAACACCCCCUGACCCCCCCGUGCUGUUCCCUUCCCCAGCAGUGAAGGAAGGGCACGUGAGGUUCUUGGAAUCAGCCUUCACACAGCCUCUGUGCACAGACACCUGCUCCCCACUGCUGGUUUGCUUUGGGACUUCCCUGACCCCUGAUUCCAGUAUCAGCAAAGCAAUUGAUCUUGGCUUCGUGGUUUUGUGACAAUCUGGGCCCAAAGCUGUUUUAAAUAGCAAGCUACAAAAUAAACAUAUUUGUGCAGCAUAUAGACACUGAACUGCAGGCAUAGGAGCCAGGGACGUGCGGGGUUGUUAAAGCUCCAGCUUGUAGCUGUGCUGAUAAGGCAGCUUCCAAGAAAUUGCCCUGCCCUCGAAUUCUAGAAGCUCUCUCUUCCCAGGUCAACAACCUUCUAUGGACUGAAUCCUGGUGUCACUCUACAAGCAAACACAGGCCAGGCAGGACCUUCUGCAGAUGGUGCAAAAAAAGAGAACCUGUGUUGGUGAGAAGGGGUCCAGGCACUCCCAGGCAUAGGAAACCGAAACACACAGUGAGAAGCACAUAGGUAACUGGUAACAAGAAAAUGUGCUUCAACUUCAUUCCUCUUUAGCCAAGCCUCUUGCCUGCCUGAAGGGAUGGAGGUGGUGUUGGCUGAGCUGCUGCCCUCCCUGUGCCAGUAGUGGGCUGCAGUGCUGCAGCACUUGGGCUCUCCCCAAGGUCUCCCCUUCUCUGGAGGAGCACUCCUUCAGCUCUGCACCCAGGCUGCUCCAGCACCUGCUCCACACCCUGCUUUGGGCCAGCCUUGCCUUCAGAUAGGAACAAAGGCUCCUUGGGGAGCAGAUCUUCCACAGCACCCCACAGCUCCAUUAGCCAAAAUGUUCAGUGGCUCUAGUGGGAGCACAGGUAGGACUGAUUUGGCCCAGUGGUUUGGCUCCCUCAUUUCAUGGAGAUGUUUUAAAAUAUCUCAUGCAGGUGUAGGAGUUGACACAACAGAGCAUAACCGUGUUAGAGUCUGUCCAGCUUGUGUGUAAACACCCCUAGUCUCCUUUAUAAACUCUCAGGAGUUGUUUUGUAAACACAAAACACUUCACCUAAUUUCCAAACCACGUGGGGUUUCCUCAGCAGGGAAGGACACAGCACCAGCCCCGUGUCCUGCAGAGCAGCCCCAGCUCCCUGCCAGGCCAGAGCACAGCCAGGCAGAGGGUACCACCUGCUGGGCCCUCCCUGGUGGCUGCUGCUCAGAACCUCUCCACAGUGCCACUUGCUGCCUGGCAGGAACACCGUGCGUGGCACAGACCCCUCUGGCCAGCCCUGUGUCACUAACACAGCUCUGGGUAUGUGGGCCUUGUGUUUAAAGGAUGCUUAGUCAGUAGCUUUGGGCACCCGACCUGUUUCUUGCUCAUUUUAUGUCUUCCAGGGUCUGUUUCUGCUCCUUACUGACCCCACAGAACAGGGUCAUCUUUCUGAGCUGAGGCAAAUCACCAGAAAUUUGCUGAAUUGGGGAACCUGUUAUUUCCCCAUUGAAACUUGCUCCUACCAAAAACGACUCUUUCACAGCAGCCCACAGAAAGGGGGAGUAAAAUUCAUGUAUUUUGGAUGGGCACAUGUCUGAAUUUGUGUGCAAUAUCCCAUUUGCACAGGGAGUCUGGAAAGUCCUCAUGGGAAACAACCCUGCAUGUCUGGGGCUCUCCACGGGAGAUGAUGACAGCCUGUGGCCCCAGCUCGAGCAGCCAGGUCAGGUCACAGGGCUGCUGCUUUUGUGAGGGUGCAGAGCCUGGCCUGGGCCAUCCAGGAUCAUGUUUGUCCCACUCAGGUGAGUUCUGUGUCUGACCCUGACUGCUGCAGCCUUGAGAUUAAGGGACUUGGCACCUGUUCUGGAUGGGCACUUCGUGGAUCUUGCAGUGCUGAACACUCCCUGCUGCCAGGGGCUCGUGAUGCUGCAGCAGGAGCAUUUCUGGGGCAGAGAGUCUGGUUUUGCACCAAGCACACUGAAUACUAUUGACAUGGUUUCGUGAUUGAGCCUUUUUUGAUGGAGCUGCUCUACCAAGCUGCCCUGAGCCUCGACAGGCCGUGCUGGCUUGCACCUACAAUGCAUCAGGCUUCAUCUUCCCAGUUAGCCAGGCUCUGGAAAGUCACUGGAAGGACUCCAGUGGCUUCAAAAUAGGAGUUGACUCAUGCCCCAUGAGAUCAAAACAAAAUGUCUCUGCAUAUGAAAAAUAUUAUGGAAACGGUAUCAUUCAUGCACGAAAGCCGCGCUUCAAAUUUAUCAUAUAAAACACAUAAUAUUGUAAAUGGACAGAAAAAAAAUCACAAGGCCUGGUGUGCAUAAAAAUUACUGGCAUGUGAAAAUGUCUCUUCCCAUAAACACAGCUGCAGUCUGGUACACAAGUAGGCAUCCAAAACGGGGAAGCUUGGUCCCUUUCUGCUCUUCUUCAAAACUCUCCCUUUCUGCAGGAGUAAUUAAUUUCUAGACUCAUCCCUUGUAUUGUCAAGAGUGACCCAGAGCAAAGGCUUGGGAUGGAGUGACCAUUAUGAGGCGGUGUGGCAGUGACAGGCAUUUUUGGAAUCACAGACACAGCAGCAUGACCUGAGAGAGCUGUCUGGGCCAGAGAUGAGUGCUCAGAGCACCCCAUGGCCAGGCUGCAGCACCUGGCUCCCUUUGUGGGAGCUCUGAGUUGGGGUGAAGUCCCACCCCACUGGAGCUGCCAGGAUGUGGCCGUGGUGCUCAGCAGUGCAGAGCCCCUGCCAUUCCCUCAGUCACAUCCGUGGCUUGAUGGCAUUCCAGCAAGAGCUGAUUGCCACACUCCAGGGAGCAGGAGUUAGCAUAUCACCUUGAGGAAACGAGCAGAGGAUGGUUCUGCAGGCACAGCAAAUGUAACUCUGAGGAAAAAAUGAAUUAAUGUGGGUAUUAACAAGCAAUUUGUCAUACAGCCUCCAGAGUCAGCUUCUGAUGCUGUGAAGUGUGCUGUGAAAAGCAGUGGAUGCUUCUGUACCUCCCCUGGCUUCUCUGGGUCUCUUCAGCACUGGGAGCAGGUGGAUAACAUCAAGCCUGCUCACUGCUCAGCAGUGGGAGAAGCCAGGAUGAACACUACAGCUGCUGCUGCUGUCCCACCUCUGUCCAGGGGCCACGGGGCAGACUGCAGCUCAGGCUUUCCCCCUGUGCCACGCUUCCCUCCCUGCAUGGGAGCACCAGGAGUUGGCUGAGGGCACUGCAGAGGUGCUGUCUGUCCCCUCCUGUGUCAUGCUGGACCUGACACACUUUCCAUUUAUGGCUCUGCAGUGCCUCAGUGUCCCCUCCCUGUGGGGGAAGUAUCCCACCACACACCCUCCAGCAGCUGAAUGCAAACACAGUCAAGAGCCCAGUGACCCAGAGAGCCAAGUGAACGAUCCACCUGCACCAUUUGUCCACUAUUGCCACCAAGUUACCCAUUUUUCCCCAAAGCAGAUGCAGUUCAGCACUGCUGGCCUCACUGUGCAAGCCCCUCACUGAUCCCCAUGCUUGCAGAGAGGAGGAGCUGUGAGAUGGCUGAGAGGACUUGUGGCUCUCCUGGUCUCCUCCCUCAGUUGUGGGGUGACUGGGGAAUGUUCCUCAGCUAACUGGGCUGUACUGGCUCCCUGCUGGAGCAGGGAACUGACUGACUGACCCCCAGCUGACAUCAAGAGACAUCCAGCUGAGAUGACUAAACUCUUCUUACAUUCCAGAAAUCCAGCAAAUAAAUGUUUCUUGAAAACAGGCUGGUGUUUUGUUCUGGGAAAUGAGCGAACCAUCUUCCUUGCUUGUGUGCAGAGGGCAGAGCCUUGCAAGGACCCACAGGGCACCAGGCAGUAACAGGAGCAUCUUGC